GUUAUUCUGUUUCCCCCCUAUGAGAGGAUACCUAUUGUUCCUGAAAACGCUGACCAGGACCCACACUUCCAACAAAAAUUCCUCUACCCCUGCAACAGCAGAAGCAACAGCAAUAGAGAAGUGUUUUGAUGAAUUGCAAGAUGGAUAGGGCUUGCAGUGGCCCCAGCCCUGCUGAUACCAAAUGCCUUUAAGAUACAGCCUUUCCCAUCCUAAUCUACAAAGGAAACAGGAAAAAGGAACUUAAAACUCCCUGCGCUCAGACAGAAAUGAGACUGUUACAGCCCGCUUCUAUGCUGUUCCUUCUUGCCUCUGACUUGUAAACAAGACCUAGUAGAACAUGCGAAUGGAAAGUCACAAACCUCUGUGUGUUUGAAAGGAUCCUUGGGACCUCAUGCACAUCUGCGGAAACUGGAUGGAGAGAUUUGGGGAAGCAUGGACUCUUUAGCCGGCUUAGUUCUCUAUGGAGUCAGCUUGCUCCUUUCUGGAACAGUGGACAGUGCCAUGGACCUGAUCCUGAUCAAUUCCCUACCUCUCGUUUCUGACGCGGAAACAUCCCUCACCUGCAUCGCCUCUGGAUGGCGCCCCCAUGAGCCCAUCACUAUAGGAAGGGACUUUGAAGCCUUAAUGAACCAGCACCAGGAUCCCCUGGAAGUUACUCAAGAUGUGACCAGAGAAUGGGCUAAAAAAGUCGUUUGGAAGAGAGAAAAGGCUAGCAAAAUCAACGGUGCAUAUUUCUGUGAAGGGCGCGUUCGAGGAGAAGCAAUAAGGAUCCGGACCAUGAAGAUGCGGCAGCAAGCUUCCUUCCUACCAGCUACUUUAACCAUGACUGUGGACAGGGGAGAUAAUGUGAACAUAUCUUUCAAAAAGGUGUUGACUAAAGAAGAAGAUGCAGUGAUUUACAAAAAUGGUUCCUUCAUCCACUCAGUGCCCCGGCACGAAGUACCUGAUAUUUUAGAAGUGCAUCUGCCUCACGCUCAGCCCCAGGAUGCUGGAGUGUACUCAGCCAGGUACAUAGGAGGAAACCUCUUCACCUCGGCCUUCACCAGACUGAUAGUCCGGAGAUGUGAAGCUCAGAAGUGGGGACCUGAAUGUAACCGUGUCUGCACUGAGUGUAAGAACAAUGGUGUCUGCCACGAAGAUACAGGAGAAUGCAUUUGCCCACCUGGGUUCAUGGGGAAGACCUGUGAGAAGGCUUGUGAGCUGCACACAUUUGGCAGAACCUGUAAAGAAAGGUGUAGUGGAGCAGAGGGAUGCAAGUCCUAUGUGUUCUGUCUCCCAGACCCCUAUGGGUGCUCCUGUGCCACAGGUUGGCAGGGUCUGCAAUGCAAUGAAGCUUGCCAGCCGGGUUAUUACGGGCCAGACUGUAAGCUUAGUUGCAGGUGCACCCAUGGGGAGCUGUGUGAUCGGUUCCAAGGAUGUCUCUGCUCUCCAGAACGCCAAGGGCUCCAGUGUGAGAAUGAAGGCACGCCAAGGAUGAUCCCAAAGAUAGAGGAUUUGCCGGAUCACAUAGAAGUAAACAGUGGUAAAUUUAACCCCAUCUGCAAAGCGUCUGGCUGGCCACUACCUGCCAAUGAAGAAAUGACUCUCGUGAAGCCAGAUGGGACAGUGCUCCAUCCGAAAGACUUCAACCUUACGAGUCAUCUGUCAGUGGCCACAUUCACUAUCCACCGCAUCCUCCCCCCUGACUCAGGAGUCUGGGUCUGCAGCGUGAACACUGUGGCUGGGAUGGUGGAAAAGCCUUUCAACAUUUCUGUUAAAGUUCUUCCAAAGCCCCUGAAUGCCCCAAACGUGAUCGACACUGGACAUAAUUUUGCUGUCAUCAACAUCAGUUCUGAGCCUUACUUUGGGGAUGGACCGAUCAAAUCCAAGAAGCUUCUAUACAAACCUGUUAAUCAUUAUGAAGCUUGGCGGCAUAUUCAAGUGACAAGUGAGAUUGUUACACUCAGCUAUUUGGAACCUCGCACAGAAUACGAGCUCUGCGUGCAGCUGGUCCGGCGUGGAGAGGGUGGGGAAGGGCAUCCGGGACCCGUGAGACGGUUCACAACUGCUUCUAUCGGUCUGCCUCCUCCAAGAGGUCUCAUUCUCCUACCAAAAAGUCAGACCACUCUAAAUUUGACCUGGCAACCAAUAUUUCCAAGCUCAGAAGAUGAUUUCUAUGUUGAAGUGGAGAGAAGGUCUGUGCAAAUGAAUAGUGACCAGCAGAAUAUCAAAGUUCCAGGCAACCUGACUUCAGUGCUACUUAACAAUUUACACCCCAGGGAGCAGUACAUAGUCCGAGCCAGAGUCAACACCAAGGCCCAGGGGGAAUGGAGUGAAGAUCUCAUCGCUUGGACCCUUAGCGACAUUCUCCCUCCUCAACCAGAAAAUAUCAAGAUUUCUAACAUCACAGACUCCUCAGCCAUGAUCUCUUGGACAAUCUUGGAUGGCUAUUCUAUUUCUUCUAUUAUCAUCCGUUACAAGGUUCAGGGCAAGAACGAAGACCAGCACAUUGAUGUGAAGAUAAAGAAUACCACCAUUACCCAGUAUCAGCUCAAGGGCCUAGAGCCUGAAACAGCUUACCAGGUGGACAUUUUUGCAGAGAACAACAUAGGGUCAAGCAACCCAACCAUUUCUCAUGAACUGAUGACCCUUUCUAAAUCUCAAGCACCAGCGGACCUUGGAGGUGGGAAGAUGCUGCUUAUAGCCAUCCUUGGCUCGGCGGGAAUGACCUGCCUGACGGUGCUGUUGGCCUUCCUGAUCAUGUUGCAAUUGAAGAGGGCAAAUGUCCAAAGGAGAAUGGCCCAAGCUUUCCAAAACAGGGAAGAACCAGCUGUGCAGUUCAACUCAGGAACUCUGGCCCUGAACAGGAAGGCCAAAAACAACCCGGAUCCUACAAUUUAUCCAGUGCUUGACUGGAAUGACAUCAAAUUUCAAGAUGUGAUCGGGGAGGGUAAUUUUGGCCAGGUUCUUAAGGCACGCAUCAAGAAGGAUGGGUUACGGAUGGAUGCUGCCAUCAAGAGGAUGAAAGAAUACGCCUCCAAAGAUGACCACAGGGACUUUGCUGGGGAACUGGAGGUUCUCUGUAAACUUGGCCACCACCCAAACAUCAUCAAUCUCUUGGGAGCGUGUGAACAUCGUGGCUACCUGUACUUGGCCAUCGAAUACGCCCCCCAUGGAAACCUCCUGGACUUCCUGCGCAAGAGCCGAGUGCUGGAGACCGAUCCGGCCUUCGCCAUCGCCAACAGCACCGCCUCCACGCUGUCCUCCCAGCAGCUCCUCCAUUUCGCAGCCGACGUGGCCCGGGGUAUGGACUACUUGAGCCAAAAACAGUUUAUCCACAGGGAUCUGGCUGCCAGGAACAUUUUAGUUGGUGAAAACUAUGUAGCCAAAAUAGCAGAUUUUGGAUUGUCCCGAGGUCAAGAAGUAUAUGUGAAAAAGACGAUGGGAAGGCUCCCGGUGCGCUGGAUGGCAAUCGAGUCACUAAAUUACAGUGUGUAUACAACCAACAGUGACGUAUGGUCCUACGGAGUGCUACUGUGGGAGAUCGUUAGCUUAGGUGGCACCCCCUACUGCGGGAUGACAUGUGCAGAACUGUACGAGAAGCUGCCCCAGGGCUACAGACUGGAGAAGCCCCUCAACUGUGACGACGAGGUGUAUGACCUCAUGAGACAGUGCUGGCGGGAGAAGCCUUAUGAGAGGCCCUCAUUUGCCCAGAUCCUGGUGUCCUUAAACAGGAUGUUAGAAGAACGCAAGACCUAUGUGAAUACUACACUUUAUGAGAAGUUUGCCUAUGCUGGGAUCGACUGCUCUGCUGAAGAAGCAGCCUAGAACCACCCACAUCCAUCUGUACGUAAUGUUGCCCCUUCCCUGGCCUGUCAGACCCUUGAUGCCAAGAAAGCCAGCAAGACUCUGCCAAGAGAGGUGACACAGAAUAUAAAAAUGUAUAUAUAUUGCUGUAUGUCUGGGACGUGACCACAGAAACCCGUGUGUGUGAAUCUAUAGGACGCUUUGACUCUACUAGGACUGUAUAUACUGUUUUGAGUAAGAAUGUGCUGAACUCAGAAUGCCUGUUUAUGGUUUCAUAUGCAAUAAUAUAUUUUUCUAAAAAUAUGGACUUUACAGGAAGGUGUGUGAGUACAAUUACUAUGAUGCCUAACUCAUUAUCACCCUGGAUAUUUUUGAUAUUUACCUUCACAGUGAAUGCUAUAAAAUGUUUUGCUGUAUAGAACAAAGAUGUUGUUAAUAAACCUCACACCCACCCUGACAGCACCGGUGAGGAAAGUGGGGGAACUACGUUAGAUUAUCAGGACAUAGGUGAACAUCUGAAAGGGAUUCUUCUAUCCAUCUCUAAACUUUCUCCCCCACCUGUAGAAGCCAUUUCAAUUUCACUUGGUCAUUGGAUACCUCCGUCAUGUGUUUCCAGAGCCCAUGAGUCAAUCCAUCUAGAAGGGGACUUAACUCUCUUUCCAUAGAAGUCUAAGGAUCUUUAGAGAAGUACAAGCUUGAUAAAUUAAUGGGAUUUAGUUUUAGUUUCUCUGGUGACAUUGAUUUGUGUAUUUUAAGAAAUUGAGUAGGAACCCUGGGAUUCUAUUUGGGAGACAUGUGACAUUUGUACCAAUAGGACAUCCCUUCACAUACUACACAUUGUAAAGCUUCCAUGCUGAUCAGUUGUGAGUUUACAGUUUAUAACAUAGGCACAUGUUGCCCUGAGAUCGUACAGUAAGUGAAUAAAUGUCUUGCCUACCUGU